CGGGCGCCAACGGCCGGCGCCGUUGGGCGGGAGGCGACGCGGGAGCGCGGCACCCAGGGGCCGGCCUAGCUGGGGCCCGGGGCCCAGCGUCUUCUGGUCGAGCCGCUUCUCCUGCACACGCUGCGGGGCCGCAGCCGCCGGGCCGUGGGCGCCCGAGGGGCCCGGCGGCCACCUGGGCCCUCAGGCGGGUGCUGGCGCCGUGUCCGCCGCCGGCGUGCCCCGAGGCCGCCCUCAGGCCAUGAUCGACUCGGUGAAGCUGCGCCGCGACAGCGCGGCCGACUUCUUCUCGCACUAUGAGUACCUGUGCGCGCUACAGGACUCGGUGCCGCUGCCCGCCGUGCGCGCCUCCCUGCGGGGAGGCGUGCUGGACUUCAACGCCGACCGCCUCCGCCUGGUGGACUGGGCACCGCUCCUCAGCACCCUCAAGAUUAAUAAAGAUCUGCCCCUGAUCUCUAUCAAGAGCUUCUUCCAGCCUUGGCUCGGCGAAAUAGGGUGUGACAGAAAUAAAGUUUGCAGAAGUCGUGUUCCUGCGAUAAGAAAUAAAGAUGUGACCUUUCAGUUGUGUAAAGCCCUUAAAUGCUGUUUAAGUGCGUCAAGUGCACUGAGGAACCUGGAGCUAAAUGGACUGGUUCUGAGAGAGAGAGAUUUAACUGUUUUAACAAAGGGAUUGAAUAAAUCAGCUACUUUGGUGCACCUGUCUCUUGCAAAUUGUCCAAUUGGAGAUGGAGGUUUAGAAAUUAUUUGUCAAGGUAUAAAGAACUCUAUCACUCUUAAGACAGUAAACUUCACUGGGUGUAAUCUGACAUGGCAGGGAGCAGAUCACAUGGCCAAGAUCUUAAAGUAUCAGACCAUCAGAAGGCACGAAGAAACCUGGGCUGAGAGUCUUCGUUACAGGAGACCUGACCUUGACUGCAUGGCUGGCUUGAGGCGCAUCACUCUGAACUGCAACACGCUCAUUGGUGACAUCGGUGCAGGUGCUUUUGCAGAAUCUCUUAGUGAGGAUUUAUGGCUUAGAGCACUUGACCUGCAGCAGUGUGGCCUCACCAAUGAAGGAGCUAAGGCUUUACUCAAGGCCCUUGAAACCAACAGAACUUUGGUCAUUCUGGAUAUAAGAAAAAAUCCACUUGUUGAUCAUUCUGUGAUGAAAGCAGUUAUCAAAAAAGUUCUCCAGAAUGGAAGGAGUGCCAAGUCAGAGUACCAGUGGAUAACUUCUCCAUCAGUGAAGGAACCAUCCAAAGCUGCCAGACAGAAAAAGAGAACUAUAAUUUUGGGAAGUGGUCGAAAAGGAAAAGCUACUAUUAGAAUCGGAUUGGCUACAAAGAAACCUGUGAGUAAUGGAAGAAAACAGUCCUUUGGUAAAGAAUGUUAUGCUCCUGAACCUUUGCCCCCUGGUGUGUCUGGUUUCCUGCCAUGGCGUACUGCAGAACGUGCAAACAGGAACAGGGGUUUUCCAUUAAUCAAAGCUCGUGAUGUAUGUAAUCAGUUGCAGCAGUCAGAAUUUCCUGUGACUGUGACGGUAGAGAGUCCUUCCUCCUCAGAACUCGAAGAGGUCGAUGAUUCUUCAGAAAGUGUUCAGGAAGAGCCAGAGAAAAUCAGCGUAAAGCAGGAAGCACUGCAGGAAAAACUGGAGGAGUGCCUAAAGCAGUUAAAGGAGGAGCGAGUAAUAAGACUUAAGGCUGAUAAACGAGUCAGUGAGCUGGAACAUGAAAAUGCCCAGUUAAGAAAUAUAAAUUUCUCUUUGUCUGAAGCCCUUCAAGCACAGUCAUUGACAAGCAUGAUCCUGGAUGAUGAAGGUGUUUUAGGCAGCAUUGAGAAUUCUUUUCGGAAGUUCCAUGCUUUCUUGGAUCUCCUUAAAGACGCUGGACUUGGGCAGCUUGCCACAAUGGCUGGUAUAGAUCAGUCAGAUUUUCAUUUACUAGGUUGUCCCCAGAUGAAUUCUACUGUCAGUAGUCCACCUAAAGAAGAAAAGAAGGCACAUGAGGAAGAAGAACCAGAAUCAAAGCAGACUGCCCUAGGACAAAUGCAAAAUAUCCAAGUUUCUAUUUGUAUGCAGUCAGCUUACAAUGAAGGAACACUAAUGAAGUUUCAGAAAAUUACAGGUGACGCUAGAAUUCCUUUGCCUCUCGACUCCUUGCAUGCCCCAGUCUCUACUCAGGAGGCCCGAGAAACUUCCAAAGACAACCUGGGAGUCCCAGGCACGGAGCAGCGGCAGGAGUCUUUUGAUGAUUUCAUUGCGAGAGCAUGUUCUCCUUCAGCGGAGGGGAUUUCUGGAACUGGAAGUCAGAGAAAAGAAGCAGAGUUGCCGAGAAAUAGUAGAUCUUCUUCAGAGAAAGUGACCAAACAACACUCUGCUAAGACACACUCUGGAAAGGACCUGCUUUCCUGCUCUGACUCACCUGUAAAGCGGAAGAGCAAAGGAAUCGGGCAAAAUAGCUCUUUGGUUAAUGAACCAAUUAAAAGUUGAAAGGAAGGAACCAGCUGAAGGAGAUCAUGAAGAUGCUGAAGAAUGAGACUCCUCUGUGCGGCAGGAUCUGAGAUGGAGGAGCACGAGGUGCACUGAUGCUCUUCAGGCUGGGAGAAAGUGAUCUAAACAGAUGAGGCUGUAGAUUGAUUCCUUGGUAAAUUUGAGGUGGUGGGCAGUGCAAAAUGAUAAGUAAUUUAGGGAAUUGAAAUAUGUAUAAGAAAAAAAUCUUGCACAAUAUAUAAAAUGAUUUGUGCUCUUAGAGUUGGAUGGAUAUUGGUAUGUAUGGAGGGAAAUAACUAAGAAGAGAUAGAAGUUAAAUGAGUUUAUACUGAUAACCUCAGUUUUCUUUGACCACAGAUUUUUUUCCUUUUUUUUUUUAAAUUAAAGUACCAUCAAUUAAAAUGUGUCAAUUUCUGGUGUACAGCACAAUGUCCCAGUCAUGCAUAUACAUACAUGUAUUCAUUUUUAAUUUUUUUCAUUAAAGGUUACUACAAGAUAUUGAACAUAGUUCCCUGUGCUAUACAGCAGAAACUUUUUUUUAAAUCUAUUUUUAUAUAUAGUGAGUAACAUUUGUAAAGUUCAAACUCAAAUUUAUCCCUUCUGACCCCCUUUCCCUGGUAACCACAAGAUUGUUUACUAUGUCUGCAAGUCUAUUUCUGUUUUGUAGGUGAGUUCAUAGUGUCCUUUUUUUUUUUAGGUUCCACAUAUGAGUGAUAUCAUAUGAUAUUUUUCUUUCUCUUUCUGGCUUACUUCACUUAGAAUGAUGAUCACUAGGUCCAUCCAUGUUGCUGCAAAUGGCAUUAUUUUAUUCUUUUUUAUGGUAGAGUAGUAUUCCAUUGUAUAAAUAUACCACAGCUUCUUUAUCCAGUCAUCUGUCGAUGGACAUUUAGGUUGCUUCCAUGUCUUGACUAUUGUAUAGAGUGCUGCUAUGAACAUUGGGGUGCAUGUAUCUUUUUGAAUUAGAGUUCCCUCCUGAUAUAUACCCAGAAGUGGGAUUGCUGGAUCAUAUGGUAAGUCUAUUUUUAGUUUUCCAAGGAAUCUCCAUACAGUUUUCCAUAAUGGCUGCACCAAACUACAUUCCCACCAGCAUUGUAGGAGAGUUCCCUUUUCUCCACACCCUUUCUAGCAUUUACCAGUCACGGACUUUUGAAUAAUGGCCAUUCUGACUGGUGUGAGGUGAUACUUCAUUAUAGUUUUGAUUUGCAUUUCUUUGAUAAUUAGUGAUAAUGAGCAUUUUUUCAUAUGCCUAUUGGCCAUUUGUGUGUCUUCAUUGGAGAAUUGCUGGUUUAGGUCUUCUGCCCAUUUUUGGAUUGGGUUGUUUGUUUUUUGUUAUUAAGUUGUAAGAGCUGUUUAUAUAUUCUGGAAAUUAAGCCUUUGUCAGUUACAUCAUUUGCAAAUAUUUUCUCCCAUUCUGUAGGUUGUUGUUUUGUUUUGCUUAUGGUUUCUUUUGCUGUGCAAAAGCUUGUAAGUUUAAUUAGGUCCCAUUUGUUUAUUUUUUUCUCUUAUUUCUAUUGCCUUGGUAAGCUGCCCUAGGAGAACAUUGCUAAGAUUCAUGUCAGAGAAUGUUUUGCCUGCUUUCUUCUAGGAGAUUUAUCAUGUCUUGUCUUAUAUUAAGUCUUUGAUCCAUUUUGAGUUUAUUUUUGUGUAUGGUGUGAGAGAGUGUUCUAACUUCAUUGAUUUACAUGCUGCUAUCCAGUUUUCCCAACACCACUUGCUGAAGAGACUGUCUUUUCUCCAUUGUAUAUUCUUGCCUCCUUUCUUGAAGAUUAAUUGACCAUAGGUCUGUGGGUUUAUUUCUGGGCUCUCUCUUCUGUUCCAUUGGUCCAUAUGUCUGUUUUUAUGCUAAUACUACACUGUUUUGAUUACUGUAGCUCUGUAGUAUUGUCUGAAGUCUGGGAGGGUUAUUUGA